AUUUAUGAUAACACAUGGUCAGAUUUUGAACAAGAAGAGGAGUGGAAUAUUGAAGAACCGUCCGGUUCAACCGGCAUUAAGGAAGCUUCUGAAACGUCCUCAAUACCCUUUGGUGGUGUUGAUGCUGUUGUCAUCGUUAUUUUCGACGAUGUUGCUGUAGAUCUUUGGCCUCUUGUUCUUGUUCCGAUGGAGAUUCUUGUUGCUGCGAUGGGCAACUAUCUCGAGAAUACUAUUCAGGAUCUGGUGGAUAGUAAGGUGCGAAUAGAAGAUUUUCCUCUUAUCACCAUCUGUUUGAUGGAGGAUGUCUUCUAUUCUUCGGACAAUCGAAGGCUUUAUUGCUUCAAGAAGGCGAUAAAGCGAGGGUUGGAUGUUGACAGGAUACCCGUUCGAAUAAGACGGGUGUCUGACAUCAACAUUGGUUGGAAGAUGGAGGGAGCGUAUCGGGUGGUGUGGAACACCAACUUUAAGGAGGUGGUGGUGAGCCCCUUGUCGAGAAAUGGGAGGGUUGCUGAUGGUGAGGGCUAUUGGGAAGAACAAGUUGACAAUUAUCUUGAAAAUUAUAUUAACAAUUGGCACGAAAGAAACCGAAAUGAAACAGAAAUGUGUCCACAUUAUGAAGAGAUGAUCAGAAUUAAUAAUAAUCACAAUAAACAAAGAGAAAAAAGAGAAGCAAAGGAACGUGAUGAACGAGAAAAGCAAAGGCAAUAUGAUCGGAAGAAAGACAAAAAGAACAUGAGGAAAGGGAAAAAAGGGAAGCAAACGAACGAGAAGAGAGACAAAAAGAUCGUGAAGAAAGACAAAAAAGAAGAGGAUAGCUUUAAGAUAGAUAUAAAUUGGGAAAAAAAUGAAUUUUUUGAGAUAGAUAUAGAUCAGGAAGAGGAGGACGAUGAUUGCUUUCAACAUUUUAACG